CGUCCCUCAGCUGCCACCAUGAGCGACCAAGAUCACUCCAUGGAUGAAAUGACAGCUGUGGUGAAGAUUGAAAAAGGAGUUGGUGGCAAUAAUGGGGGCAAUGGUAAUGGUGGUGGUGCCUUUUCUCAGGCUCGAAGCAGCAGCACAGGCAGUAGCAGCAGUGGAGGAGGAGGAGGGCAGGAAUCCCAGCCAUCCCCUCUGGCUCUGCUGGCAGCAACUUGCAGCAGAAUUGAGUCACCCAAUGAAAACAGCAACAACUCCCAGGGCCCAAGCCAGUCAGGGGGCACAGGUGAGCUUGACCUCACAGCCACACAGCUCUCACAGGGUGCCAAUGGCUGGCAGAUCAUCUCUUCCUCCUCUGGGGCUACCCCUACCUCAAAGGAACAGAGUGGCAGCAGUACCAAUGGCAGCAAUGGCAGUGAGUCUUCCAAGAAUCGCACAGUCUCUGGUGGGCAGUAUGUUGUGGCUGCCACUUCUAACUUACAGAACCAGCAAGUCCUGACAGGAUUACCUGGAGUGAUGCCUAAUAUUCAGUAUCAAGUAAUCCCACAGUUCCAGACCGUUGAUGGGCAACAGCUGCAGUUCGCAGCCACUGGAGCCCAAGUGCAGCAGGAUGGUUCUGGUCAGAUACAGAUCAUACCAGGUGCAAACCAACAGAUCAUCACAAAUCGAGGAAGUGGAGGCAACAUCAUUGCUGCUAUGCCAAACCUACUCCAGCAGGCUGUCCCCCUCCAAGGCCUGGCUAAUAAUGUACUCUCAGGACAGACUCAGUAUGUGACCAACGUACCAGUGGCCCUGAAUGGGAAUAUCACCUUGCUACCUGUCAACAGCGUUUCUGCAGCUACCUUGACUCCUAGCUCUCAGGCAGUCACUAUCAGCAGCUCUGGGUCCCAGGAGAGUGGUUCACAGCCCGCCACCUCAGGGACUGCCAUCAGUUCUGCCAGUUUGGUAUCAUCACAAGCCAGUUCCAGCUCCUUUUUCACCAAUGCCAAUAGCUAUUCAACAACUACAACCACCAGCAACAUGGGAAUUAUGAACUUUACCACCAGCGGAUCAGCAGGGACCAGCUCUCAAGGGCAGACACCCCAGAGGGUCAGUGGGCUACAGGGGUCUGAUGCUCUAAAUAUCCAGCAGAACCAGACAUCUGGAGGCUCUCUGCAAACAAGUCAGCAAAAAGAGGGAGAGCAAAACCAGCAGACGCAGCAACAGCAGCAAAUCCUUAUCCAGCCUCAGCUAGUUCAAGGGGGACAGGCUCUCCAGGCCCUUCAAGCAGCACCAUUGUCAGGGCAGACCUUUACAACCCAAGCUAUCUCCCAGGAAACCCUCCAGAAUCUCCAGCUUCAGGCUGUUCCAAACUCUGGCCCCAUCAUCAUCCGGACACCAACCGUGGGGCCCAAUGGACAGGUCAGUUGGCAGACUCUUCAGCUGCAGAAUCUCCAAGUUCAGAACCCACAGGCCCAGACAAUCACCUUGGCCCCAAUGCAGGGUGUUUCCUUGGGGCAGACCAGCAGCAGCAAUACCACCCUUACACCCAUUGCCUCAGCUGCCUCCAUCCCUACCGGCACAGUCACUGUGAAUGCUGCUCAGCUCUCCUCCAUGCCUGGCCUCCAGACCAUUAACCUCAGUGCAUUGGGUGCUUCAGGGAUCCAGGUGCACCAGCUUCCAAGCCUGCCCUUGGCUAUAGCAAAUGCCCCAGGUGAUCAUGGAGCUCAGCUUGGCCUCCAUGGGGCUGGUGGUGAUGGAAUACAUGAUGACACAGCAGGUGGAGAAGAAGGGGAAAACAGCCCAGAUCCACAGCCCCAAGCUGGUCGGAGGACCCGGCGGGAAGCAUGCACCUGCCCCUACUGUAAAGACAGUGAAGGAAGGGGCUCUGGGGAUCCUGGCAAAAAGAAACAGCACAUUUGCCACAUCCAAGGCUGUGGCAAAGUAUAUGGCAAGACCUCACACCUACGGGCACACUUGCGCUGGCAUACAGGCGAGAGGCCAUUCAUGUGUACCUGGUCAUACUGUGGGAAACGCUUUACACGUUCGGAUGAGCUACAGAGACACAAACGUACACACACAGGAGAGAAGAAAUUUGCCUGCCCUGAGUGUCCCAAGCGCUUCAUGAGGAGUGACCACCUGUCGAAGCAUAUCAAGACCCACCAGAAUAAGAAGGGAGGCCCAGGUGUAUCCCUGAGCGUGGGCACUUUGCCCCUGGACAGUGGGGCAGGUUCAGAAGGCAGUGGCACUGCCACCCCUUCAGCCCUUAUUACCACCAAUAUGGUAGCCAUGGAGGCCAUCUGUCCAGAGGGUAUUGCCCGUCUUGCCAACAGUGGCAUCAACGUCAUGCAGGUGGCGGAUCUGCAGUCUAUUAAUAUCAGUGGCAAUGGCUUCUGAGAUGAGGCACCCAGGGCCAGAGACAUAUGGGCCAUACCCAUUAACCCUGGGAUGCAAGGUAGCAUGGGUCCAAGAGACAUGUGGGAGAGAGAGCCAUGAGGCAUUAAAAUGCAUGGUGGUGGGAAGAAUUGGGGGAGGGAUACAAGAGAAGAGAUGGGGUCUUGGCACCCACCUAUAUCAUCAGUACCUCCUUAAAGUGGGAAACAUUAGUGAAAAUUCUGUUGGUGCCACCCUUUGAUGAGCAUUUGUUUGACCCCAACCAGUUUCUUAGACUUCUUACCCCAGCCUCCCCUUCCUGCAUUUCCCUUCUCAGCUCCCCCAUGAUGGAUCCCCCCCUUUCCUAAAGCCAUCAUGCCUUGAUAAAUAUAUAUGAUCAUUGAAAUACUUUUUAACAAAAAAACAGAUUCUAUAUUAUAUAUAUAUUAUAUAUAUAUAUAUAAAAGAUAUAUAGAGAUGCAUUUGCAGGGGUUGGCUGGGAGGAGGAAGGAGACCAUUCUGUGACCAAAAUACCUUGGUCAUUUUUUUAUAUUGCCUUAUUUCCCUAUGGCUGAGCCUUGUUGUGACACAUCAAGCUUUUCUAUAGAUGUUGUCUUGGCUUCCCACCAGAUUAAGCAUUCAUAUGCUCUGCUUUUAGUUUAUAUAUACAUACAUAAUGUUUUUCCUUUCUUAAUUUUGUCUUUUUAUUUGGGAUCAGCUUCUUGCACUCCUUUCUUGACUCAACCUUUCUGUCUCCCUUUCUCUCACCUGAUCACUUUAUGUUUUGGUAAUGAUCCCUGGAUGAGGCACUUCUGUCAGUCUUUUAAGGUCCUUGGUCCUAGCAGCGGAAUGGAGAGCCCUGAAGCCCAGGCUGAUGCUUGAGGUAGCUGUGGAGAGAGUGUUCAAAAUACUACUGACGCAGGCACCCUCUUGGCGCUGGAGAGUUCAAGGCAUCUCUCCUUAUUAGCUGCUCUAAGCAUCGAGAGUCUUUCUAUGGAGUUGUACAAGAGACCCUUUAAAGGUUAUAAUCUGGGAUCAGUUUGUAUAAACUGUCACAAAGUGGUCAAGAAACAGGUAGGGGCUUUCAGUAGGAAAAUGAUGUGCCCAGAAGUGGAAGUGACUCAGAGUGGUCCCGUUCAGGAGUUAGUGGAGUAUUUGGACUUUUGUACAGCUGUCUUCCAAAGUAGCUCUAAGCUUUUUAUGGGUUUUUGAGGUCACAUUCUGAAAGGAAAUGCACUUCCUCUUUUGAACAUCCCCCGUAGUUUCUUUUUCAUGUUAUUAAGGAGCAUCAGCCAAUGAAUCUGUUCCGGGUUUCCAUUCUGCAAAACUCCAGAGCAUGCACAAGUGGCAAGGCAGUGGUUCUUUGAUCUUUUCCCUUAACUCUUCCUUGGGUGGUUCCUAAGGGAAAAGGAAGCACAUGAUCAUGGGAAUGAUAGCCCAGAACAAAAAGAAAUCUUGUCUUACCACUGUGGUUUAUAGGAGAGAUCAGGAGACACCAUCCUGCUUUCUCCAUGGCCUGAUUCCUGAAGAGACUGAUCCAAAAAUUAUAGCGGCAGGGAACUCUUAGUGCAUUUGGCACUGAGAUUUAAAUGCAACCAGAGUUGUCCUCAAGGCCCAGCCAUUAAAACGUUGCCUCUCUUGACCUUCUGGUAUCUUGUCGGAGAGCUUUUCACUGUGAGGAAGUAUGGAAAUGGCUGUGUGUAUGUGUGUAAUCUGUUAGGUUGGGGAUAGGUUUUCUGUUAGCCUAUACUAAAAGAGACCUGCAAUAAAAAAUUGCCCUGA